AUGAAGAAAUCAUGGACUUCUACAAUUUCAUGUCUCCUCGUCCUCAGGAGACCACCAUGAGACAGGAGGUGGUGGACAGGAUAGAGUCGGUCAUCAAGGAGUUGUGGCCAACCGCUGAUGUCCAGAUAUUUGGCAGCUUUAGCACUGGACUCUUUCUCCCAACCAGUGACAUUGACCUGGUGGUGUUUGGGAAAUGGGAGAAACCUCCCCUGCAGCAGUUGGAGCAGGCGCUCCGAAAACACAAUGUGGCAGAACCAUAUUCCAUCAAAGUUCUGGACAAAGCUACG